UGCAGAAGCCGCACUAGCAUCUUCUUAAACUAUACACCCUGAAAAAUAGCAGUGUCUGUCUGUAACCCUGUUAUGGAUGUUGUCACUUAUGAACACUAGCAACCACCUUUUAUUUGAUUAUCUGUCACACACACACACACACACACACACACACACACAUUGUACUUUAUGUAAAUGUACGUAAUGAAGCUAAAUGAGACUCAGAAUUUGGGACCUGGUGCUCUAAUCUAAACGCUGUAUUUGGUUUAGAGGACAUGAUCUUUGUAAAAAUGCAGAAACAAAUUGAAGGAGUGCUUGAUGUAAAGCUAUCUAUAAAUGGCCUAAGACUAACUUCUGCGUUACACACUCCCUCACAGGUCGCCAUGCAGGACAAGAGGAAUAGGAUGAUUCCGUUCCCUCCACCCAUCGGCAGAGACAGAGUCAUCCGGGAAUUCCCAAAGUGGUACACGCCUAAUGCCUCUCUGCAGCUGAAGAAAGACUGGGACAUUCAGGUUAAAGCAGCCUGUAAAGAAGGAGCCAACAGGCAUCAGCCGUGGGACCGACAGAAAAUGUCAAAAGUGGUGGUUGUUGGAGACCUUAAUGUGGGGAAGACCUGCCUCAUCAAUAGGUUUUGUAAAGAUGUCUUUGAAAGAGACUACAAGGCCACCAUAGGUGUAGACUUUGAGAUUGAGAGGUUUGAGAUAUCUGGACUACCUUUCUCCCUUCAGAUUUGGGAUACUGCUGGCCAGGAAAAAUUCAAAUGCAUUGCUUCUGCAUACUACAGAGGUGCUCAGGUCAUAAUCACCGUCUUUGACAUGGCAGACAUUAAGUCCUUAGAUCAUACACGCCAAUGGUUAGAGGAGGCCAUGAGCGAAAAUGAGCCUGACUCCUGUUUUAUCUUCUUGAUUGGCACUAAGAGUGACCUGCUGCCCGUAGAAGAAAAAGAGAGGACAGAAAAAGAUGCCAUCCAGAUGGCAACAGAAAUGAAUGGAGAGUUUUGGGCUGUUUCAGCUAAAACGGGGGAGAACGUGCAGGCGUUUUUUUUCAGAGUGGCUGCUUUGGCCUUCGAGAAGUGCGUACUAAAGGACAUGGAGAAUGGGGUCCCUGCUAGUAUCGGACUUGGAAAUAGCAUCAAAUCAGACCGUGUCAACCUGGAUGAGGCCGCGCCCCAAGACGUGAGGAGAAGCUGCUGCUGAUGAAAAGAAGUGAAGCCGCUUAGGAGAGCGGAACCAGACGGAUGCUCUAUUCAAAGCUUCAGCUGCUCAAACGAAAGUGACUAACCAUGUUUCACUGGUCUGAAAUGUGCCUUAGGACAUGUUCCAUUAGGUUCCUUAAGUUAUCCACACUGCCAUGUAUUCUGACGUUUGCAAAAGGUUCAACCAGUAUGCAGUUCUCUUUGCUGAUACUAUAUCUUAUGAAUUUUACCUUUUUUACGGGAUAGUUUUCAGUAUUGUAUUCUCAAUAUCAUUUAGACCAGGCCAUUUAGACCAAACCCAAGAUAAAAUACUAUACUAUGGCAAUAACAAAUAUGAGAAAUCAGUGUGUCUCCUUAAAAUUAAUUUAUGGUCUGAUUAAGGUCUUCUUUCUGGUCAAUCCUGCAAUAUUUUAAAAUACAAACUCUAUUAUGUGCAUCAUUUCAGAGGUGGAUAGUAAUAGACUUAUAUGGGACAAGCACAUUUUAAAAACCCUUAGAUGGAUGCUUUAGAUUUUCUUUGCUAUUGUAGUAGUUUUUUAUCAUUCAGUAUUGUUGUGAGAUAUUUCUCACCCAUUACUAUGGGUGAUUAAGGUUUAAUAAAAGUUUAUUUAGUGGAAUUUGGGAGCAAGGAAACCAAACCAUUGUUUCCUUUAAAAAAAAGUACAUAAAUGUCAUAACGUGAUAACGUAAUUUCUUAAAGUAAUAUCUUGAAUCAUUGAAUCAAAAGCUGACACUAGUAAGGAGCUGUGUAUUUAUGAAACCAGUAUUGUUGUCAAAGCCUAUUAUGUUUAAUAAAGUGGUUUAUUAGCGA